AUGGAAACAUGCAAGCCAUCACGUACUCCCAUGGAGUCCAACUUGCGGCUCGAGCAAGCACUGGAAACUCAACACCUAGGAAAGCCGUACCGUGAACUUCUCGGCUGCCUCACGUACCUAGUUGUGACAUCGAGGUCGGACUUGGGUGCGGCAGUAUCUUUCUUCAGCCAGUUUCAGUGCAAUCCAUCGGAGCAACAUUGGAGACAUGCGAAAAGGAUGUUGAGAUACCUGAAGGGUACGUUGGACUACGGGUUGGUUUACAAGCGGAACGAAACCGACCGACAAAUCGUUGGGUUCACGGAUGCAAGCUGGGCGGCCGAUGCCAACGAUCGUCGCUCUACUUCUGGGUACCUAUUGCAGGUUUACGGGUCAACGACAGCGUGGAGUUCCAAAAAGCAGAUAACCGUGGCGCUCUCAUCUACUGAAGCCGAAUGUUACGCCCUGGCCGACUGUGUUUGCGAGGUUCUGUGGACACGCAAGCUGUUUGCAGAGCUGAAGCUGUUGGACUCUGGGCCGGUGGAGGAUUUAUGA